GGCGGCCGCCGCCAUCUUGGCUGGGAGCGCGGCCCGGCCGUGACCCCCGGCGCCGCCGCCUGCCCGGCCCCCGCGGCCCUGAGCAGCACAAUGGCGGAACUUUUUAUGGAAUGUGAAGAGGAGGAGCUCGAACCCUGGCAGCAGAAAAUGAAACCAAUUAUUGUGGAUGAUGACGAUGACGACGACGAGCCCAUCUUUGUGGGGGAGAUUUUGAGCUCCAAACCAGCCAAUACAUAUAUAUUGAACAGAGUUAAUCCUGGCUCACCACGAAUGGCAAUGCAGAAUGGGACACCGAAAAAAGGGCUUCAGACUGUGGCCCGACCUGCAACAAGCACUCUAGCAGUUCAGCCCCAGCCACGCAUGGGCAGCCUUUCUGGGACUUCAGCUGUCCUGCAGAAGCCCCUUCCUGGAGGUUCGUCAUCACAAGAGGCAGCCAAGCCCGGCGCUGGAAUCUCUCAGCCAGUGAGCAGAUCUACCCCAACGUCAUCUGUAUCGAGGAACCUGCCCAUCCCCGCCGUGGCUCAGUCUGCAGCCAGGCCAGUUGCAACGGUCACUGCACAGCCGGUAACGCUAAAUCGGGCACCACCAAGUAACACUUCAAGUAUGGUUUUCGGUUUACGGCAGAGCCCGGGAGCACCGCAAGGUCUGGGUGGCGCAGCAGUGACGUCAGCAGGCUUGUCCAAGCGUCCCGCUACUUCUGAAGUGAACAGUAUUAGUUCCAAAAAGGCUAAGGGCGAUGAAACAGGAUCUGAGAGCAAUUCGCCUGUUUCGCCUGCCGUGAAAUCUCCACAUGAGAUGUCUUCACUUCAGAAAGGGACGGCCUCGUGCCAUGCUAAGAACGGAGCCCCUUUCCCACAGGCCUGCCCGAAGUGUAAUAUUCAUUUCAACCUUUUGGAUCCCUUGAAAAACCACAUGAAGUAUUGCUGUCCAGAUAUGGUGCACACCUUUCUGGGGACGCUCACAACAGACUGUUCAGGUGGAUCCACUAAAAUUGCUGAAACCGAGAGAGGAAAAUUGAUCAUGUUAGUUAAUGACUUCUAUUACGGCAAAUAUGAUGGUGAUGCCCAGCAGGUGCGUCAGGAGCAGAAGACGCACACCACCUUUAAGUGUGCCAGCUGCACGAAGCUUCUCAAGAACAACAUCAGGUUUAUGAACCACAUGAAGCACCACUUGGAGCUGGAGAAGCAGAACAGCGAGAGCUGGGAGAGCCACACCACGUGCCAGCACUGCUUCCGCCAAUUCCCCACCCCCUUUCAGCUGCAGUGCCACAUCGAGAGCACCCACACCCCUUACGAGUCGUCCACUAUAUGCAGGAUAUGUGAAUUAUCCUUUGAAACGGAGCAAAUUCUUUUGCAACAUAUGAAGGACAAUCACAAGCCAGGGGAAAUGCCCUAUGUCUGCCAGGUCUGCAGUUAUAGAUCGUCGUCGUUUUCAGAUGUGGAAAAACACUUUCGAGCUGUUCAUGAAAACACAAAAAACCUGCUCUGCCCCUUUUGCCUUAAAGUCAUCAAGAUCGGGGCCCCGUAUAUGCAUCACUACAUGAGGCAUCAGAAAAAAGGAGUGCACCGUUGCACCAAGUGCAGGCUCCAGUUCCUGACAUGCAAAGAAAAAAUGGACCACAAGUCUCAGCAUCACCGGACGUUCAGGAAACCCGUUCAGUUGGAAGGGUUGCCCCCAGGAACCAAAGUGACUAUCAGAGCUUCCCUUGGAUCUCUCCAGCCUGGAUCGGCAGCUACACCUUUCGUUAGCACAAGCACCUCCACUUUACAGUUGUCUCCUAAUGUUAAAAUGACAAACGCUAAAAACCACAAUAAACUGAAUGUUAAUAAAGCUAAGCCCAAACUGAAGCCGUUGAGUGUGCAGAAAAAGCAGAGCCUGGGGACUAGCAGCCUCAACAGCGGCAGCGGCAGCAGCGGCGGCAGCGGCGGCAGUGGUAGCAGCAACAAAAGGAACACUAAGAUUGCAAACACGGCACUAAGUAGUCUCAGAUGCUCGGGGACCCAGAAGUGCGUCGAGUGCUCCUCAGGCAUCCGGACUUUUGCCAGCCACUUCCCUGCCUACGUCCACUGUAGUUUGUGCCGCUACGGCACAAGCUGCAGCAAAGCCUACGUGAACCACAUGGCGAGUUUCCAUAGUGCUCGUCAGAGUAAAAGGUUUUGGAUUUAUAAAGCUCGUUCUGAAGAACUGAGGGGCAUCACUACCGUUUGUCUGAAUUGUGAUUUCCUAACUGACGAUUCAGGCUUAGAUAAGAUGGCCACACACUUGAAUGAAAGCCAGACUCACACAUGCCAGGUCAUCGUGGAAAGCGCUGCCUCGGAGGACGUCGCUACAGAAAAGCUUUCAGAACGAAUGAACGACACUCCAUUAAUUAAUGAAGGCGAAGACAAAACCCAGAGCGUUUCAACUCCUAACACCCCUGAAGGGCCAAAAGGAACAUCAGCUCCUGCAAGCCCAGAAAGGAAAAACUCUGCAGAAGAAGCGAAUAAUGACCAACUUUAUCAAGGUGAUGAAACUUCUUUAGCUGAUAAAUGUGAAGGAAAGGCAUCUCCGUCAACCCAAGAAAACGCUUCCAGCCCAGCGUUCGCAGCCCCACCAAAAGACCAUACAGAGGAAGGGGAGAAGGGCAGCCUUGGGGGUCAGAUGGCUGAGAGUGAAGAUGAUGCAUCUCCUUCGGUUUGUGGACCCUCCUCUGGCCUAGGCGUCUCAGAAGACCCCACAGAAGGUGGAGACGCAGACCGAAUUGGAAAUCGGGUGGCAGAAGGGUCUGCAGCUGCGGAAUGUGGAGAAAAUUCACCUCCUUCCGUUCUAGAACAUUCCUCAGGUCCGGGACUGUCUGCCUGCUCAGAAGACUCAAGAAAGACUGCAGAAGAAGGAAGAAGCCUGAGCAAUUGGGUGGCUGAAGGUGCGAGCGCUGUGGAUGGGGGAGAAAAUCCACCCCACCCUGUCCCAGAACACUCCCCCAGUCCUGGACUGGCAGCUCACUCCGAGGACCUCCAGGAAGGGAACGCUGAUUGCCCUGGAGAUCCGCUUGCCGAAAGCUCUGCGGCUGAUGACUGUGAGGGAAAGGCCUCCGUUGCAGAACGCUCCUCCGGUCCGGGGCUGUCAGCCUGCCCAGAAAGCCCGGGAGCCUCUGCAGAGGAAGCCGAUGGCUGUGGAAGUCCGAUGGGCGGAGGUUGCAAAGCUGGUCCAGGUGGAGCAAAUGUGGCUCCUUGCACUCCAGAACCCGCCUCUAGUCCUGGCCUGUCGGCCCAUUCCAAGGACCCCAGAGAGGCAGUGGAAGAAGCCAAGGGGGACGCUUCUGAAAGUGGGGUGCAGGAAACUCCUUCGGCUGUUGAGUGUGUAGAGAGGACACCUGCACCCGUCGUAGUGGAAGUCCCCUCUGCUGCCAGCCUCCAAGCUCCUUUAAAAGAUUCAGCAGAAGCAACAGCCAAGGACAGCCCUGGAGAUCGUGCGGCGGAGUGUGAAGGAAGUUCAUCUGCAUUGACUGUAGGAGACAGCGCCAAGCCAGGGGUCCAGCCCUGUUCAGUGGAGAUGCCCUUGAAAGGGGCAGGAGGUGAUGGUUCAGGGACUGGGGAUCACCCGGAAAGGACACCCCGCAAGCCCAGGGGAGAGGAAAGCUCCCAAAGUUCAGAUGACCAGCCAAAGGCAUCUGAUUUGGAGGAGGCUGGGCUGGAAGACUUGCACGCAGACCCCUCCGAGCAGGCCUCCGAUGGCGACGUCAGUUUCGAGCAGUUCUUGAGGCGCAGGGACGAACCUGAGUCGGUGAGUUCUGACGUGAGCGAACAAGGCAGCGUUCACCUGGAGCCUCUGACUCCGUCGGAGGUCCUUGAGCACGAGGCCACGGAGAUCCUCCAGAAAGGCGGGUCAGCGCCAUCUUCCACCAAGACGUCUGGGCCAGGUUCUGAGCAAGCAGAGGCAGCUACGUCUGGAGAGGGCAGCCCUAGCCACGUGGAAGCCGUGGCAAGCCAGGCAGAAGAGAGCGAGGAAGCCAGCUGAAGCCCAGCUGGUGGCACUGGCUGGCGGGCAACACAGAGGCCCAGCAACAAGCCCGUUGCUGUGGCUGCUCUUCAUGGAUACAGUUCGUGAACGAUGGAGAAAAAAGACUCAGACGUGGAUGAAAAUUAUUAAUCCCAAGUCCAAUAAAAUAUGCAGGCCCUGUAAUAUCAAAGAAGUGAGCUGGAACUGGCCCGUCUGCCUGCAAUAACCUCACCUGGGAGGCCAGGAGGAAACUAUUUUAACUUUAUUUAUUCCUUCAAAGUAAGUUCCCUGUAGACCCGUGUUGUUUGUUUGUGUAGUACUGGAGUAGGUGUGCUCCACAAAUUUUUGGUCCACCGCCAGUUUGGAGAAAGAUGAACUCUGGAUUGAAUGUUGCCUCCCUGCCUCAUUGAAGCCCGGGAGGGAGGGGGGCUGGGACCCUCCGCACCUCGGGAUCGGUGUGAUCUGAUCAGCAUAUAAGCAAACCUUAAACUUUCAGUGAAAGUGGCAUUAUUGUGAGACAUGUACGGUGGGUGUCCCAGUGUGCAGCCCGUGCGGGAAAUUUGACACGCUAUUUGUGUAAAAGUUAACCCUUUCUGGCCUGUGUCUUUGAGGUUGUGACUGUUUUGAAUAUUUUUAUGAGCAGCAGACCCCAAAAACCGCAAGCCGUCUUUGAAAGGAAAAAAUAGAGAGUGGAACUGGAAGUUCAUGAACCUGUUAGAAAAACAAAAAAAAAUGGGACGCUCAGAUCAGAUGUUGAAAUGUGGAUCGUGGGGGGCUUUUGGCAUGAAAAUCCUUUUGAUACGUAGUUAGGCGAAGGAAUGCAUAACAUGAUUUAACAGUAGCUUGCGUUUAAGUAUUACCAUGCCUAAUUAAAAUGCUCUGUUUGGAUCUUUUAGGAAAUCCUUUUGACUUGCUUAGUUUUGGUUUUUAAUGAAAAUUAAAUGUUUUUGAACAUCCGUUAAGACCCUGAGAUGUACAUAUUUUGGAGUAAAUAUUUGCAAGAA